UCAAGCACACUUGUAACCUUGUCAAACACGAGUCAUUUGUGGCUCCGAGCUGUUCUGCUGCGACGGGAGCUUGGUGGCUUUAGGACCCAGCAGAUCAGCGGGUGCCUGCUGCUGCUCUGUGUUGUAUCCACUGUGGAUCUAUCAGCGGCGGCAGCAAGCAGCUCUCCACACGUCUUCACAUGCUCACUCACUCACUCAUGGACCUGCAGUAGACUUUCACAGGGACAGCAUCACAGCGCAAUGGACACAAGCGGCCCCAAGUGUAAGUCAAUGGAGGUGUUGGUGAGUGAGCUGGGCGUGCUGCUGAAGAUGCUGGACCAGGAGAACCUCAGCUCCACCACCCAGGAGAAGAAGACCUCAGUGCGGAACCUCCUGCAGCAGAUAGAGCCAUCAGUGUCAGGAACAGACUACAUCUACAUGAACUCAUCAGUGUACAGAAAUGGCACGAGCUUUGUAGAGUCUCUCUUUGAGACAUUUGAUUGUGAGCUUGGAGACCUAAAGGAUGUUUCUGAUGAUGUGAAAGAAAACAAGAAUGCACAAACUGAAACUUCGAAAAAGAGCUGUGUCGCCCCACACUCAGCUGACUCGCCACCCCCGCUGCCCACAACCCCUCCUCCAGAGGAGUACUACGAAGAAGCAGUGCCCCUGGGCCCUGGCAAGAUGCCUGAGUAUAUAAUAACAAGAGUAAGGUCCAGCCCUCCUAACUCUAUAGAAGAUGGCUAUGAAGAUACAGAAAACCAAUACCCCACUACCUGCUCAAACCUACGUCGCAAAAACUCCUACAAUGAUUCUGAUGCACUGAGCAGUUCUUACGAGUCCUACGAGGAAGACGAGGAAGAGAGGAGCCCAAGCGUCCGGCUUACUCAUCAGUGGCCCUCCGAUGAGAGCUCCAUGCCUCCUGCCAGGGACUGUCGCAUUUGUGCCUUCCUGCUGCGUAAAAAACGCUUUGGGCAGUGGGCCAAGCAGCUCACUGUCAUACGGGACAACAGGCUACAAUGUUAUAAGAGUUCCAAAGACAUGUCCCCCUACGUGGACCUGCUGCUGCCCCAAUGCACUGUAGUCUACGUCCCCAAAGACACCAAGAGGAAGCAUCAUGAGCUUCGCUUUACCUUACCCAAUGGGGACGCGCUGGUGCUGGCGGUACAGAGCAAAGAGCAGGCCCACACGUGGCUUACGGUUGUCAGAGAGGUGAGCAGUCAGAGCGCAGCACCCGAGGAAUCGGCAUCUCCUGUCAUUCUCAGAAAAUGUGAACUUGAUAAGAGGUUGUCUGCGGAGAGGAACACAUCAGAUUCAGACAGUGUGGGCGUGUCAGCUGGAGAGAACUGCAGAGAGAAUGGUAAGGUGAAACGGGGUCCUUUUGCUGCGGGGCGUAAGAUCACACGCAUCAUCAGCUUCUCAAAGAAGAAGUCAACUCGGACAAGUGACCCACGGACAUACAGCGAUCCUCGGCAAGGCCAUUUGUCAGUGCUGGUGAACCAGGUGUGGCGGGAGCAGUGGUGCUGCGUGUGCAGAGGUGCCCUGCACUUCUACAACGACAAAGGAGAUCCUCGGAUGUCUCUCCCUUCCCUUCCUCUCCACGGCUGUGAGGUGGUUCCGGGACUCGGACCCAAGCACCCCUUUGCCUUCCGUGUCUUACGGGACAGCACAGAAGUGGCUGCCCUGGAGGCAAGCAGCUCAGAGGAGCUUGGACGGUGGCUCGGUCUCCUCCUGGCAGAAAUGGGCUCUGCGACAGACCCAGAAUCACUGCAUUACGACUAUGUAGAUGUGGAAACCAUUGCUAACAUCCGUGAUGCUGCGCGGCAUUCCUUCCUGUGGGCUACCUCCUCCAGCAGCACCUCCACAGAUUCUAGAACAUACGAUGAGGUACCUAACGAGGAUCUGCAGUCAGGAGAGAACCGCAGGCAGCAGUCUGGGAAUACAGGGAAACGGCGCUCAAGUUUCUCAAGCAGCGACUCUGACAGAACCAAACCAUUAGUCUCCCUGAAGCGAAUAGGCUCACAUACCAGCCAGUACGGGAGGUAUGGGAAAACGCGAGCAGAAGAAGAUGCCAAACGCUACCUGAGAGAAAAAGAGGAGCUGGAGAAAGAGCGAGAUGGCAUACGUAAUGCACUAGUAACCCUCCGACAGCAGAAGAGAGAGCUGAAAGAAGAGCUGAAGACAGCUGCAGAUAAGAGGAAGUCCUUCCUGAACAAGCGUGUGGCUCAGUUGGAGGAGGCCUGUCGAGCUAAAGAGGCAGAGAGGGUGGACCUGGAACUUCAACUGACUCAGGUCAAAGAAAACCUAAAUAAGAGCCUGGCAGGAGGAACCCUGGGGGCAUCAGCGGAGGCUAAACCUCCUGUUCAGGCUUCUAGCAAGAAGAUCCAGAAUAUCUACAGUGAUUCUUUACCAGUAAAUUGUGCCGCAGAGCUGCGUAGGAGGCCACCGUCUGUUUACGCUUCUUGUACUGGAACUGUCAUGCAGAAAGCAAAGGAAUGGGAGUCAAAGAAAGGAACCUAGGAUGACGAGGGAAAUAAUGCAUAUCUGGAAGAGACUUUGGACCCUUUGUCUAAAAUUUGCC